GCAGCAAACACUCCCGAGACACGUGUCUCCACACACAGAAUGAGCGCCGCACAGCUUGGUCACUUCCCACGAAUAUAAAAUGUAAGCAGCGAUUUGACCGCGUCGCCGGUGCCUCAACUCUGGCCUUCAGGGCGGCCUGCGGCCGCUAAGGGUGCUGGUGUGUCGGGCGACGCGGGUGGUGUGGGUCAAUGGGCGCCCUGGCGCGAUGCGGCAGUGGAUGGCAAAGACGCAGCCGCUGCUGGGCUGCUGCCUUUCCUGUGAACGUCCAUGAGGAAGGCCGCCAAACUACUCAGCUGCUGCACCUGCUCGGCCAGGCUGCACCUAUCCCAGGGGAAAAGCCGAGUCGCCGCCUCGCUAAUCUUCUCCAGCCGCCGGAGCGCCCCCUCUACCCACUCCAGCCCCCUCUCCCCUCUGAGCUCCCACAGCCCCUCCUUGCCGCCAAUGGGGUGGCCGUCGCUAUCCAUUAGAUGCCGCCAAUUGCCUCCCCACCAGUAGCUGAGGAAAGUCUGCGUCACAUUUCUGUGCUGGUCGUAGGCCUUCUUGGCCUUCUCGUACGCGACCCUCUGCUGCUGAUAGGCGGCCUUGGCAUCCUCGGCGGCGUCCUGGGGCGGCUCCUUCGGCGGCUGCGGCUCCACUGGCCAGUUGCCUUUGUCCCUCUCGAGCUUCUCGAUGAACAGCUCGCUGCGCAGGGCAUUGUGCAGGCUGCAGCCGAGGUUGAAUGACGGCGUGCUGCAGCCGCACUCCCAUCUUCGUCCCCUUGCCCACCAGCUGGUGAUGCUCCCGCAGCGCCUUCUGUCUGUCCCAGAUGUCGUCCCACCCGACCGGCCCCAGCUCGAGGAUCUCGCCGCCCCACUUGGCGAGGUCCUCCUGUGUGCCGUCAAAGGCGAGCUGCUCCGUAUUGAAGAGCAGCUGCUCCGGCGCAGCGUGGUAGCACGUGUAUGUGGGCAGCUGCUUCUCCUCCCUCUGGGCGGCCUUGCGGACGGGGAUGAGUGCGGCGUGGGGGCAGGGAGGGGUAGGGACGGUGCCGUCGGCGGCGUGCAUGCAGGGGCCGGGGGGCUUCACGACGCCCGUGUUAGCGAGGUCAAUGAGGUAUGUGUCGGGCUGCUCCUGCGCGUCGAGGGUGAACCAGUUGACGUAGAUGUUGUUGGCGCAGUGGUCAGGGCACACCAGGCCGUCCUCCUCGAGGGCUAUCCGCAGGGUCUCGGCCGCCCAUUGGAACGCUCGCACGAGGUCUAUGACCUGGAGGAUGGUGGCCCUGGGGUUCCAUCGGUGUGUGCGGGCGAUGGCGGCCAUGUUGUGCUUCAUAUCCCAAAUCAACUCCCUCAGGCUGACGUAGUCGGGUGGCUGCGUGGGGUCUGACAGCGUCGAGACAAGACAAAGAAAGACGCCGUGAAUGAGUACAUUGAUGGAGUGCAGCCCCCCUUCUUUUGAUGCUCACCGUUGAGUGGCUGCAUCUCUAUGUACAGGCAGGGCUUCGGGGCUGUGUCAGCCGACUCGCGAUACAUGGCGCCGUCUUGGAGGCUGGCAUCCGUAUAGCCGCAGAAACGGCUUCAGCUCCUUCCCCUCCCCCUACCUCUUGGCCUGCACCAUGGCCAUGCGCUUCCUCUCCACCUCCAUCUCCCUCAAGGCAGUCCGCCAUAUAGGGCUGUCGUUGUCGAGAACCGCAAUCUUGAAGGCCCGCCAUUCCCCAUUCACCACGCCUGCCCUGACGAUGGCACGGGAGCCCUCGCCGAGCCGGUGGGACAGCUCCACCUGUUGGCCGUCGUGUGUGGUGAGGAUGGGGUGGGUGGCCAUCGUGGUGCUGCUCGCUGAUGCACUACUAAUGGCCAU